AUGUCGUUCCCUCGCCAUCCAAACGCAGUGAUACUUCCAUCACCAAUACACGUAUCACCUCUUAUUCGAUUUUCACGAUACGCUGCCCUAGGAUUGGGAGUGUUAUGGGGUGCGUACAGAUUGCGGAAGAUUCGUGAAUAUCAUGCGGAUAUUCGUGAAUGGGAACAUGAAAAACAAAUGGCCAAACAGCACGAAGAUGCUAUAAAGAAGAAGUGGUUGGCCAAAGACGAAAUGAGAUAUCUGAUGAAGGUGGUGAAUAUUCCAUUCGAGGAAGGAGUGACGCAGUUCGGGGUUGAAGAUUUAUAUCGCGAAGAAUGA